AUGGAAGCUAUUUACUCCAAAUGUGGUAGUUGGUCACGUGGUCAGCAUAAUUAUUAUGAUUACGUAGCGGGAGGUGAACUCUUCACUCAUCUGUAUCAGAGGGAACACUUCAGUGAAAAUGAAGUACGGAUAUAUAUAGCCGAAAUUAUAUUGGCUCUCGAGCAAUUACACAAGCUCGGUAUUAUUUACCGCGACAUCAAGUUGGAGAACAUUCUCCUGGACGCCGAAGGUCACAUAGUGCUGACAGACUUUGGCCUGUCCAAGGAGUUCUGUGGUGGCGAGAGCAGAGCCUACUCCUUCUGUGGCACCAUUGAGUACAUGGCGCCCGAAGUGGUCAGGAGCGGCAGUCAGGGUCACGAUAUUAUGACUGGUGGAUUGAGAUCAAACCGCUCUUUUGUAAAGGAGGCUCUAGUUAGGAGGAGGAGGACGAGUCAGUCCAUCAGUGGACUGUCACAGAGUGUUGAUUUGAUACGUUUGUCUCUCUGUGUUUUACCAUAG